CGCUCCAGCACGAAGCGGAUUGGUCAGGAUGCUCAGCCCUAUGUCACACAAUCGCCGCUGAUUGGGCCCGAGAUCGGCGCUGCUGCACACACCUUUUUCUGGAUUGGCUGGGAGGGAUGGGCGUGGUCUUAAAGGAAUAUCAACGAUGGCCGGUAGAGAACUGUUCGUGUCUGCUCCCGGGAAAGUCAUAUUACACGGAGAGCACGCUGUGGUACAUGGGAAGGUAGCUUUGGCAGUAGGUUUAAAUUUAAGGACAUUUCUUAGGCUGAAGCCCAGCAGUGAUAAUAGCUCUGUGUUUAUAAACCUACCAAAUAUUGGGACCAAGUUGAGCUGGAAUAUCUCUGACCUUCAGGCACUGGUACCAUCAUUCCAAGAUUCUAUAGAGCAUGAGCCUGUCAGUCCUAGCCCUGAACAGCUGGAUAUUCUGAAGGCAUUCGCGGGUCUUUCUAACGGAACCAAAGAUACUGAAAGUCUUGCUGUUCUAGCGUUCCUCUACCUUUACCUGUCAAUCUGUGGACGAGAAUUACCAAGCUUGGAAAUAGUGGUUUGGUCUCAGCUGCCGACUGGAGCUGGUUUGGGAUCCAGUGCUGCAUAUUCAGUGAGUCUUGCUGCUGCCAUGUUAACAGCCUCUGGAAAGGUUUCCUGCCCUGUCCAGGAAAACAUUGACAAUGUAAGGUGGACACAGACUGAGCUGACCCUCAUUAAUGGUUGGGCCUUCCAGGGUGAGAAAGUCAUCCAUGGGAACCCUUCUGGAGUGGACAAUGCUGUAGGGACAUGGGGGGGUGCUUUACGGUAUCAAGCUGGUCAGAUCACUCCAAUUGACAGGGUACCAAUGCUGCAGAUAUUACUCACCAACACACGUGUCCCACGUAGUACAAAGAUCCUUGUGGCAGGAGUAAAAGACAAGCUACUAAAGUAUCCAGAUAUUAUGCAGCCUGUACUUUCAUCUAUCAAUGCAAUCUCCGAAGAGUGCCAGCGAGUCCUACAAGCCGGAGUUGAAGGGCUUUCUAAAGAACAUUAUUCCAUAUUAGAGGAAUUAAUUGAUAUUAAUCAACAUCACUUGAAUGUUAUUGGUGUUGGUCACCCCUCCCUGGACCGACUGUGUCAGGUGACCGCAUCCCAUGGUCUACAUAGUAAACUGACUGGAGCUGGAGGUGGCGGCUGUGCAAUAACUUUACUUCGACCUGACAUUGAGCCUGCUGUGGUGGAUGCAGCCAAACAACAGCUUUCAGACUGUGGAUAUCAGUGCUGGGAGACAAGUAUCGGGGCCCCUGGUGUUUCUUUACAUUCUUCAUCAUCACCAUUGCCGGAAGAUGUCACAAGAUCGUUUAACACUUCUUAAAGGACAACAGAACAUCAGCAAACUCUGCCAAGAAGAUUAGAUAUUUUUUGUCUUUUUUAAUCCUUGAAAACUAGGACUGUGUUCUGCUAAUAACAUCUAUAAUAAUAUCUAGAAUUAUAUAAUUAUUCUAACUGAAUCAGCUCCAGCCUUCACAUACAACAAGUACUGAAGUAAACCACAUUGCAGAACCCUCCAGACUCGGACAUCUGUGGGAACCGUUACCCACUUUGGGUGCUGUGUGUCUGUUUUGUCAGGAAUUGCCUGAUAUAUUAAAUAUACUUAGUUUAUUUAAUUAUGGAUCUCAUUUUACAUCCGACAUUGUAUUAUCUAUAGCAUAUAACUAGUCUAACUAGUAUUUUGCUGUAAAGUAACACACUAUUGCUUUCAAUUCAAAGAGACAUUUGGCUCAACUACAAGUGAGAUUUGUUUCUUAAAAACAAAACAAACGGAAAAAAAACGACUCCUCCUAAUCUGGUUUAUUGUUAAACCCCUGAGCACAACUGUGAAUAUAUUUUGUUAAUUCUUUUUAUUACAGUUUAUCAGAAAGGAUAGCAAAACAGAACAAGGGAAGAACCAUUCCAACAAGUGUCCACUAUAUAGAAAAAAAUAAAAUAAAAAUAGUUGUACAAAACCAACCAACAGUGUAAAACAAGAUCAUAAACGUAAUGGAGAACUAAAACGUCAGCACAGUGGACUGGAUCCGCUUGUUGGUGGAAAAGCAAUAAUACAGGAUUGUUUAAUCAAUGCUACUGAAAAGAGGAGGAAAAGAAGGGAGGACUGUAAAUACAUCUCUAGACUAUAGAAUAUAAGUGAAGCUAAAGAGCAAUUUAAGGUAUAGCUCCCACCAUCAGUUUUUUUUUCUGUCCCUACCUAUUACUAGCCUAUCCCUAACCCCCUCCCUGCCUUUAAAAAACAUUUUCUACUUUACAAAUGGCUCAUCCUGUGCUCCUCUGUAUACCUCUGUCUAAAGUCGACUUCCCCAGCUGGCCUGACGUCUCUGAUGCCUGCUGGGUGCCGACUUCUGCCCUCACCUCCCCUCCUUGAUAAAAUGUGUUACUUUUGGAAACUAUAAAAUAAAAAAACAUAAGACCUCAGAUCAGACUUACCCCCUAAAAGGCAUGUACAGUACUAAUGGAGGGAGUAUCAACGCGGCACUGAUAUAGUGUGUGCGCGCGCUGUCUCCACUCCACUGUACAUGCCGGGGGGGUGGGGACAGGCUGCGUGCGAAUCCAGGUAGCCAAUGCACGCAGCCCCGGCGUUCACUGCGCUCGCUCCCGCCUGUCUUAUUGACAGGCAGGGAGCGAACGCAGGCGGACUGAAUUAGCACCGAUUGCUCGGCCGGCAUCGGUCCUAAUCCAGUCGUGAUGUCAGACCCCUAGUGACCGGUUUUCAAAUUUAAAAUUAAACUAUUUUAAUGUAAAAAAAAAAAAUAUGAAUCUAUAUUAGAGAUGUUGUAGUACAUAAGUACUACAACAUAUCAAAAAAAAAAAAAAAAGGUUAGGGACAGUGCCCAUUUAAAUAUUUACAAUCAUGAAAUAUUUCACAGAAAAACUUCCAUAAUUUGUAACAUUUAUGUUAUUCAGUGCACUGAAUACAGAUUACAAAAUGUAGUUAGCAGAGUACGAAAGCUCAAACAUAGGAUCACAGAGCACUUUACAGUGGUUGCUGCUUCUGGUGUUUCAUACAGUCGCGUGCUCUCCGGAAUAUCACGCCACAUCACAGAUAACAUGGUAAAAGUGAAUCUAUUGUUUGUCCAAUUGAAAUUAUUUUUUUUAAACCAUUAAGAUGGGAAGAUUAGACUAAGAUGGUUCUCAACAAAGAAGCUUAUUGGAUCAAGCAUAUGGUUAGUCGUGUCCCCUUUGGUUUGAACUAUCGAUUGGACAUAGACCACCAUCUCACACGCUGGUCUAAAUUAAUCCCCCCCCCCCCCCCUGCUGGAUAUAUGUACAGCUCUACAUAAAUCCAGCCUGGCACGCUAAAAUUUCCGCCAACUGUGAGCUGGCAGAGAUUUUAACCUCAGUUUUUACUUACCAGCAAGCGUAAACUGUAGUAAAUUCAGUGGAUGGGGGUGAAUACACCUGCUACUGCGAAUGUGGUGCAAAACUCUUUUUGCACCCCUACAUUUCACCAAUGUAUUAUUAAAAGUUGAAAA